CACUACUGUAAAUUGGUCGUGUUUUUGCCAUUCACAUUCACAAUUUCAUUAUUUCGUUGCGUUGUGUGCUACUUGCAAAAAUAUUUUUUUAAAUAGUAAUUAUCGUUACUGAAUCUCUUUUAUAAUUUGUGUGGUGAAAAUAAAAUUAAAAGUCUACAAGUGAUGUCUAGUGUGGUGUUUGGUUUAUUUUAAUUUCCAUUAAAAUGUAAAGUUAUUUAAAAAAUGAUGUGCUAUUUCAAUGAUAGACUGAGCAAAGAAACACCGAUAUUUGUUAAAAGAUAAGAAUUAAACAAAAGCGGAAUGAUGGAUGAUGAGGAGGCAGAUUUGCGGGAACAGAUUUUUCACAAUAAUGUUAGGGAGCAAAUUAUCUUUCUACUACUUUUUAUUCUCCUGUAUCUUGUGUCAUUCAUGCUAAUUGAAAAAUUCCGACGUCGUGACAGCGAGGAUUACUUUACGGGAGAUGAAGACGAAGUGAAAGUGUACCGUAUAAGCCUGUGGCUGUGUACAUUUGCAUUAGCUGUGUCACUAGGCUCUGCACUCUUGCUUCCAGUCUCAAUAGUUAGCAAUGAAGUGCUAAUUUUGUACCCUAACAGUUAUUAUGUUAAAUGGCUCAACAGUUCUUUAAUACAGGGUCUAUGGAAUCAUGUGUUCCUAUUUUCGAACCUCUCGAUGUUCGUGUUCCUGCCGUUCGCGUAUCUGUUCUCGGAGUCGUCUGGUUUCCCCGGCUGCCGAGGACUGCGGGGCAGAGUGUACGAGACCUUUAUAGUCCUCGGCUUGCUCGGUGUUGCUAUGCUGGGCCUUGCUUACGUUAUCUCAGCCUGGUUGGAAGGCGACCGCUCCAGUAUUGAUGCUCUGCUUAAUUUGUGGACAUACCUCCCUUUCCUGUAUUCCUGUGUGUCGUUCGUUGGAGUUCUUAUGUUACUAGUGUUCACUCCGCUCGGCUUCGUCCGCUUGUUCGGGGUUGUGGGCGGGGUGCUGGUCAAGCCCCAGUUCCUGAGGGAUCUCAACGAGGAGUACUACGUGUACUCUUUUGAAGAAGACACUAUCAGGCGGCGAAUCAACAAUGCUGUCUCUACAGGAGUGGGCUACAUAUCCCCCGAGCCCAUGUACCCUGACCGCGGGGACAUAUCAGCGCCCGCCGACGCGGACCUGUCCAUGUCGAAGGAGAGCCAGCACUCGUCGCUGCUGCAGGGCAAGGAGACGCCCCUACUGCGGCUGAGGAACGGAGCGCUUCAGGCCGGACUCAAUGAGAGGCUGCAUAGAAUUGUUAGCAGAAGGAAGGAAGUGGAAAAUCAACGCAAGACCUCGUCUCUCCAACGUAACGUGGUGUACCCGCUGGCGAUGCUGCUGCUCCUGGCGCUGACCACCAUCACGGUGCUCAUGGUGCUGCAGAACACGCUCGAACUGCUCAUCGGAAUCAAAGCUCUGCCGCUUAGCACACGGCAAUUCACGUUGGGCAUAGCGUCGCUGUCCAAGCUGGGCUGCGCGGGCGCCGUGCUGGAGGCGUUCCUGAUCGUGUACCUGUACGCGGCGUCGCUGACGGGGCUGAGCACGCCCAUGCGCGCGCUGCGCGUGCUGCCGCGCGCGCGCCGCACGCCGCUCGCGCGCAUCAUCGCGCACUGCACGCUGCUGCUCGCCUACUCCACUGCACAUCCGCUGCUCGUCAAGAUGUUAGGUAUAACGAAUUUCGAUUUAUUGGGCGAGUUUGGUCGCAUAGAGUGGCUGGGUAACUUCAAGCUUGUCCUCCUGUAUAAUGCCAUAUUCGCGGGCGCAGUGACCCUGUGUCUCGUUAGCAAGUUCACGGCGAGUGUGCGUCGGGAACUUUACAACAGAUUCAAAUGGAUAGCUGACGGAUUGCCAGAUAAUUCGGCAAAUGCGUCGUUGAAUGAGAAAAGGACUUCAGUAGACAGAACACAUCACGCUCCAGUAGAAAAGUUAGAGCAGCAAAGUGAGCAACACAUAGAACAUGCUAAAUCACAAUAGAACUACCCGAGGAGAAUGCACAGGUAACACACUCGUUAGUGAACUCAUGUUAUGAGCCUAUUAAACUCAAACUUAAAAGUUUAAAAUGGUGCUUCAGUGCCAAUAGUUCUUUUUAGGUAAGUACUCAGAAAUAAUAAGUAUCUGAAAUCUCACCUGUCUUAAAUGAGUAUGGUAAAGCUUUGCAUACUAGUUGAUACCAUAUAGUAUUGGUAUAAAGCAUAAACCUAAUUCAUAGAAUCUUUGUAAAGCCAAACAGGAUUGAUUAGAGUAACACUGAAAAAUUGGAAAAAUAUAUGUCUUAUUCUGGUGUCUGAAAAACAAUAUAUACUAGUUACUGUAAAAUGUAAAAUAGAGUAUUUAUCUGUGAUCAUUUAUUUAGUAAUAAUAAUUGCGACUGAUGUU